GAACGAAUUGACAGGAAAAAAUACUGUGCAUCCUGGAUACAGGUAGUGGGUAGUUUUGAAAUAGGGAAAAUAAAGAUGUUGAGAAGAUGAAACGCGAUGGCGGAUCGACCGAUGUGUCAGUGCGGGUGGAAUUGAAUCUUUUUUUGUCUAUCGCUCGUACGAUUCGCUUCGACAACCUGUUUCGCCCCACCAGGGUCGAAUUUACAUACACGUCGCAGGUGGCUUUUGCGUUUGUCUGAUUUUAGCGCGAAUUGUAGUUUCGCGGCAGGCAUGUGCAGUGCGUGCAGCUGAAAUUACACUCAGUUUCUCCGUCUCUUCACGGUGCACGUUGCGGUUGCUACAAGCGCGCACCCAUCGCCUCUUUUCCGCUUUGUUUUUUCCUCCCUUUCUUUUCUUACCUCCCUUUUUCUCCUUUUUACCCUCUGUUUUCUCUAUUUUCGCAAGGAAAAAGGAAGAGAGAAAUCGUCGUUCGCCGCGAGGAUCUCGCGCGUGUGUGUAAGAAAGGAAGAGAGUUCUCCCCUUUGACAACUGUUUCGCUAACUGAUUGGCUCAAGACACAAAAUCACAGGAGUCGGAGGAAAACAGGAUAUUUAAUGAAUCCGUCGGUGAAGUGCAGCGGUGAAGACGCAAAGUCUGAGGAGUCUGGUCCCGUAGAUUUCGAACGAGCAAUAACUAAUGCCGGCUAUGGAAAAUUCAACUACUUGUUGCUGUUGGCCGUGUUGCCCGCUAGUUUCUCCAGUAUUUUCUCGUCAUCGGCGAUGUCGUACGUGUUACCAUCGGCCGAGUGCGACUUGAGGCUCACCAUGUUCGACAAGGGUCUACUCAACUCGAUGACGUUCGCAGGUAUGAUCAGCACCUCAUUUUUCUGGGGAUUUAUGACCGAUACAUUUGGUCGUAAGAAGAUAAUGUUUUACGGUUACAUGGUCGCCGGAAUCAUGAGUUUGACGGCUUGUUUCUCGCAUACUUCGUGGCUUUUAAUUUUGUUCAAGUUUCUCGAUGGCGUAAUCAUGUCCGGCCCGUAUGCCGCUCUGAUGUCUUAUUUGGCAGAAGUGCACAAUGAUGCGCAGCGAUCUCGAACCUACAUGUGGCUAGGGGUGUUUUUCUCGCUUGGAAAUAUUUCUCUACCAUGCAUCGCCUGGUUAAUUAUACCGCAAAAAUGGACCAUUAACGUUUGGACCAGGGUCAUAAAGAUCAGUUCAUGGCGUGUGUUCUUGGCGAUUUGUUCGUUGCCAGAGUUUCUUGCCUGCUUAGCGUUCUUCGCAUUCCCCGAGAGCCCGCGUUUUCUUUUGUUGAAAGGCAGGAGAGAAGAGGCUCUUGAAGUUUUCAGGAAGAUAUACUCGGUGAACACCGGCAAGAAUCCAGACACGUAUCCAAUAAAAGAUAUCGAUGACGAGCAUUCCGUUGAGCUGGCGAGUAACAGUAAGAUAAAGGACAAGUUACGUUCCUGCUGGCAACAGAUCAAACCACUCUUUCUAUCGCCAAACAUUUUCAAGCUGAUCGCAAUCGGCAUGAUUCAACUGGGUGCCACGAUAGGAUCGAAUUCGAUUAGACUAUGGAUGCCACAAUUAUUCACAAUGAUGGAACAAUUCAAGAAUGACUAUUCGAAAUACGAAUAUUCGAGCUCGCAGCCGCGCUUCUGUUACAUGUUAGGUCAACAAGGAGCCAAUCAUAGUUUCUCAACGAGUUUUGUAAACGAAACUCUAAAUGCUGCCCACACAUGCGUACCGGUGGAAUUGAACUCAAAAGUGUUCAUUAAUUCUAUCGUGAUUGCGGUUACCGGUGUAAUAGGAUAUACUUUGGCAGGCACGCUCAUUACUGUAGUAGGAAAAAAGAAACUUAUAGCAACUUGUUUCGUUGUAGCAGCUGCUUGUUGUGGCUCGCUUUACUGGGCUGAAGACACUAACAGUAUUCUUGGUUUGUGUUCAGUUUUCGUAGCCAUGUCGAGCAUAGGUGGUGCCUGUGUCAUAAACGUUAUCGUCGAUAAUUUCCCUACGUGUUUAAGGACUAUGGCAGUUAGUCUAACCAUGAUGGUAGGCAGAAUUGGGGCGGUCAUAGGCAACUUACUGUUUCCAGUGCUGUUUGACUUGUCCUGCUUGGGUCCCUUCGUUAUGAUUGGCUCUGCCUCUCUAGUAUCGGCAUUACUAGUGACCAUCCUCCCACGUAAAAAAUCGCAGAAGAAUAAGCCAAAGCAGAUUGCCUGACGAAAAUGUGUAUGGUUAAAAUGUAAUCAGCUAAUAGUAGCUGAAAGAAUCGCUUGUAAAUACACACCCUGUAUCUGGUCGUUGGUCGAUUAUAAUUUUCGGUGCAUGAUUUUUCAUCAUGUAAAUAUGUAAAUACAAUACAAUUACACUCGUGUAGCAUAAGGUAUUUUCAUCACUUUAUACGUAUGCGUGUAAUCCAAACACUUCGCAAGACAAAUGCAUGGCCUGAGUGUCGUUUUUAAUAAACAUCAUGAUUGCAUGGCGUAACAUAAUUUUACAACAC